GAGGAUAUUUGAGGCUCAGCUCACCAUCCAUCACGGCUGUUGAAUGUGAGAGUAGAAGCUGAAGCUCAUAUAAACAGGACAAAGCACUGCGCUGAGCACGUGACGUAUCCUGUUGCAUCAUGACACCGGAGAUGGUUCUCUUGAGUAUAACACUCUGGGAACAGAAACUGAUGCCGGAGCUCAGCUUCACCUACGCCGCAUUCAGGUACCAGGGUUAAACCCCAUCCAGGGAGCAAUGUUGGACUCUUAUUUUUUGAAGGAGCUGGAAGAUGAGGAGCCAGGGUUUAAUGAAUUUAAUAAGAAAUGGCGACUUUCCGGCAUCCAGAAGAUCUAUUACAAUGUUCUAGAAAAAGAAUUGGGAGGUUUCGGAUCGUCGCCCGGUAAGUUGAUCUGGCCGACGGGUGUGACUACGACCCCCGAGGGCGAUUUGGUGGUGAAAGACAGCGGAACCGGGCACAUCCAGGUCUUCAACCCUGACGGCCGGCCGAAGCAAAGCUUUCCCUACGGAUUCGAACCUAUUAAAGGUUUGGGAGACAUCACUUGCAUGAGGAACGGGGUGUUGCUUGUGACCAAUGGGACAAAAAUCAUCCAGCUCUUCACGAAAGAUGGCGAGCUGAUCCACGAACUGAAGUCACCCAAAAUAAAUUGGCCUUAUUCGUACGGGAUAGCGGUGCUGAAGUCCAACAGCAUUGCGGUGUCGGACUGGAACAGUGGAGGGAAAAUCAACAUUAUCGGAGUGGACUGGAGAAUGAAUGCUGUAUUGAAGACUCAUGCAAUAGAAGGAUUUCACAGGCCAGUGCGUGUGGCGGUCAAUAAGGAAGAAGAGAUGCUAGUCACAGAAGGACAGCUGUUCGGCAGAUUCCAGGGCUGCUGUAUCAAAGUUAUCGACAGGAAACAGAGCGUGUCAAAGACGAUAGGGCCUCAGUACGGGAAUAAAUUCACAUUUGAAAACCCUUCCGGAGUCUGCGUGGACCAUCAAGGCAACGUCUUUGUCUCUGACGAAGCACAAAACUGCAUUGUGAUGUUUAAUCCUGACUCCUCUCUGUGUGCUGUGGUGGCCACCCAUGGUCUGCAAGGGCCCAGCGGACUCUCAGUGCUGGGUCAUGGGCUAGUGGCAGUAGCUGACUGUUACAACCACAGUAUUAAAAUCUUUCGGUACAGAUAAGUGCACUUUGGCAUCUUCAGCCAAUAAGAGAACUGGCCUGAAUAAACACAAUUGCAGGGUGUUGGUGUGUCAAUAUCCAUUAAGGGUCCCCCCCCUUCCCACUAGUAACUGCCCCACACCUACUGCUGCCCCAACCAACUAUAUGCAGAAUUAUACCCAUGCCAGUGCUUUCUGUGUGCAGAACCCCUGCCCUCUCUUUCCUAUAUGAUGCAGCAACAAAUAUGGCUGCCCUUGAUGCGCUGAGAGGGAAUUCUCUGUGCUUAAUGAGCUGAGAGAGCCAGCCUGAUGUAGUGGGUUAACAAUGGCGAACUCUAAUAUAGAGAACUGGGAUUGAUUCUCCACUCCUCCCUUGAAACGUGAUGGGUGACCUUGGGCUAGUCACAGUUCUCUCAGAACUUCCUCAGCCCACAACAGAGACGGGCAGCGGCAAACUGCCUCCAAACAUCUUUUGCCUUGAAAUCUUACAGUGUCGCCUUUAAGUCAGUUGUGACUUGAUGGCACUUUCUGCCACCACCAAUGGGCUGAGAAGGUUUUCUCUGUGCUGUACAGUUGUACAUUUAGGCCCCAAAAUCCAUCCUUACUAAGGCAGAAAAGAGAAAACGGAGACUUCUUUCAUUGGAGGCCCACCCAAUAAAACAAGAGCUCUGACCAGUCUAGCACCCUAUUUCCUCCCAGCUUUUGAGGCCUCCAGUAAAAAUUAGAAAUGACAACGCACAAAAACACAAUAAGACUUUCCCUUACAUCUCUGCAAUGCUUAUUCUUUCAGUCCUGUCAGUGUAUCUCUGCAAUUGUCAUGCAUAACCUCGUUCAGAGAAAAUGUCAAAAGUCUAGACUUGAGGCCCCCCAUGAAGGUGAGGCCUGGCUAAAUCCACCCCCCUCCCACAUAACAGGUUCUGUCCCUAAUGGCCCAUGAAAUACCUCUGAUGAAAUCCACUUGAAGGCACAGAGGCUAUAUGGAACCCCUUCCUGCAUUUGUGUCCUAAGAACUGGGGUUCACAGCUGCACGGCCAUUCAACAUGGAGGCUUCAAUGUGGUACCAGUUAUAAAUUUUAAACCCAUCACAGUCUCAAAACAAUGUAUC